CGGAGACCCGCGCACCACCCGCCCUCCCUCCUCCCGCUCCCCCCCGUCCCAUCCCCUUCCCCCUCGCCCGAGUGAGUGAGCGAACGCGCGCGGCCGGGCCCAACCAGUUUGAUUUUCUCCCAGCGACCAAAGAUUUGACCACUGACUAAGCCUGACUUAACUGAACACAGCUCAAGAUGGACACCGGUGUUAUCGAAGGAGGUUUAAAUGUCACGCUUACCAUUCGCCUACUUAUGCAUGGGAAGGAGGUUGGAAGCAUCAUUGGGAAGAAAGGAGAAUCUGUAAAGAAGAUGCGUGAAGAGAGUGGUGCUCGCAUUAACAUCUCAGAAGGGAAUUGCCCAGAACGGAUUAUCACUCUCGCUGGACCCACUAAUGCCAUCUUCAAAGCAUUUGCUAUGAUCAUUGACAAACUGGAAGAGGAUAUCAGCAGCUCAAUGACCAACAGCACGGCUUCUAGCAGGCCCCCCGUCACUCUGAGACUUGUGGUACCUGCCAGCCAAUGUGGCUCUCUCAUUGGGAAAGGAGGCUGCAAGAUCAAGGAGAUAAGAGAGAGCACAGGGGCACAGGUCCAGGUGGCAGGAGACAUGUUACCCAACUCUACUGAAAGAGCGAUCACCAUUGCUGGGAUUCCACAGUCGAUCAUAGAGUGCGUCAAACAGAUCUGUGUGGUCAUGCUGGAGUCUCCCCCAAAGGGUGUCACCAUCCCCUACCGACCCAAGCCAUCCAGUUCUCCUGUCAUCUUUGCAGGCGGUCAGGACAGGUACAGCAGCGGCAGUGCAAGCUACCCCCACACCGCCCCAUCAAUGUGCCUCAACUCUGACCUGGAGGGACCACCUCAAGAGGCCUAUACCAUUCAAGGACAGUAUGCCAUUCCACAGCCAGAUCUGACCAAGCUGCACCAGUUGGCAAUGCAACAGUCACACUUUCCAAUGUCUCAUGGCAACACUGGAUUCAGUGGCGUUGAAUCCAGCUCUCCAGAUGUGAAAGGCUAUUGGGCAGGUUUGGAUGCAUCAGCUCAAACUACUUCUCAUGAACUCACCAUUCCAAAUGAUCUGAUUGGCUGUAUCAUUGGGCGUCAAGGCGCCAAGAUCAAUGAGAUUCGCCAGAUGUCUGGGGCGCAGAUCAAAAUUGCCAAUCCAGUGGAAGGAUCUACUGACAGGCAGGUUACCAUAACUGGAUCUGCAGCCAGCAUUAGCCUGGCUCAAUAUCUAAUUAAUGUCAGUUUAGAAAGCGCUAAACCCUCCUCCCAGGCAGCCUCCGUCACGAUCCCCGACCACCUCAGCAUCAACCUCUCUCAACCCUCCACCCCUUCUUCUUCUUCCUCCUCCACCACCACCCCCUCGCUUGCGACAGCAGGGGUCUCCGACGCACCCUCCAGCCUCCCCAACCCUCUUCCGACCGCCCCCUGUGUCUCCAGUCUGCUUGGCAUGAAACCCGUCCCUCUCCUGGCUCUAAAUGUUGUGUCUGCUGCUAAGGGUGCCUCCACCACCUCAGCUGUGCCAUGUGUUACUAACAAACUGAAAACGGAAAAACAGAGAUUCUCUCCCUACUGAGUGUCUGCUUGUGGCCUUAGAGGAACAGCAGAUUGUUUUUCAGCAAUGGGGAUCCUGUAGAGGAGACUUGGAAGAGAUUUUUUUAAAACUUCAAAAACAAAAGUGAGCUUGUGAUUCCUUUAGGAUGGAGUUUCUUUUUGCUGGCGACCUCCACUAGGUCAAAGACAAUUGAGCCAAGUGUAUUAAUCAGUUCUGGAGUCCAGUAGUGAUCUUGAUUAUGUAGCUUGUAGCUGUUGCUUUAGUAGUUUCGUUUGCAUUAUUACAUGGAAUAAGGUGGGUGGGGAGGGAGGGAGAGUGGGUGGGCAGGGAAUGCUAGGGUCUGUUAACAAAGUACUCACUUGCGAUUCCUUGGUUUAAGCUGUGCAAAGAGGCUACUUUGGCCAAACCUGUCUCAAUGUCUGUCUUUGUAAUAAAGCUGUCACGGUGAAAACAUGCACAGGUGUGCCUGAAUUGGGACCCAACUAUGUGACCACAAGCUGGUUGAAUAUUGCAUUGCACCCUCAGGCUAAAGUCUUUGAAGAGAUGCCAACCAUUGCCCUAGAACAAACAGCCUUCCCAAACCUGGUGCCUUCCGGAGUUUUUGAAUUAUAACUGAUCAUCCUAGUCAUUGACCAUGCUGGCUGAGGCUGAUGGGAAUGGUAGUCUAAAACAUCUGCAGGGCACCAGGUUGAGGUAACCUGCCCUAGUAGUUGACUAAGUAUAUAAAUUCCAUCUUUAGAGGCUCUGAUACCUAAUACACAAAUGUGAAGAUGCAAGCUGUAAUGGUGAUUUGUGUGUGUUGCGGUGGGAGGAGAGAUUUAGUUCUUGCAUCCUGCCCUGCUCUCAUACAAACUGCCUCUCAGCCAGCUUUAUAACUCCUCUGCACAGCAGAAAUGGGGUAUGUUCUCUGCAUACACAUCCUCCCCUUUGUGCAAAUGGGCAGUCCUCUGAAAAGCUGUGGUGCUUCAAUUACCUGGCUUUUUCCACACCCAGGACUAUGUUAGCCGCUAAAGAGGUGAGUGCACCUGGAGGAAAGCACACACUGCAAUGAACAGCUGUAACCAUGCAGCAGCAAAUAUAGUACGUUCUAAAAUGACAUUUCUGGAGCUCAGCUGUCUGAUAUUUAGUUUUUGGUGUCGGUAGUUGAGUAGUCUAGAGAUGUAUUUUAAAAUCUCCUGUCUACCAAUGGCAGUAUUUUGACUUCUUAACAGAUGCUUUUUGGCGCAUGUAAUUUGUAUUGAAAGAUGGUCAUUGGUAGAGGCUGGCCAGUCAACUCCGCUUGUCCCAGUCUUUCUGCUUGGUCUUUGAGGCCAGCAGCUGCCUGCUUCCCCCCCCCCCCCUCCCACUAAGGGCUCUUGGAAAGCUGGGCAGACAACAUGGAAAACGCAAUGGGAUGGGUGGCAUGCUCUGGUGUUUAGCAUGGUGCAGGUUCAUUCUUACUCUUCCUGUCUGUACCCGAGUACACUUGAUCUUUAGCCUGGGGUUGCCACAUGAACACUGCAGAUGCUUCCUUUUUUCUUUUCUUUUUUGAGCAAUCUCUGGUGCUUAUAAACUUUCAAAAACUGAGGCAACAUUGAGUUAAGAAAUGGUGACAGUUGGAACUGCUAAGAAUCUUGUGUUUAUUCUUUGUAUUUUUUAAACAAAAGUUAUUGGAACAAAUCUGAAAAUGGUGGCUGAUUGCUAGAUUCUGGGGGCUGCACAAUUUCACACAUUGCAUUCAGGGAGAUGGAGGGUCGGAUCUGAUCCUGUUGCGCGUGUGUGCGGGGAGGGGUGCAGCCGUCAACUGGCUGACUUAUGUAGUUCUGUCAAACACUUUUCUUUAAGUAGCAGGAGUCUUUUUUUAGUACUUGUUUCUGCAGUUUGACUUUCACAAUUGUAACUUUUUUUAAAAAACUGUUCUGCUCUGUAGUGUAACCACAUUAAGUAAAAUUUGUCCACUCUUAACCAA